CAUCCAAUCACAAAAUUACCAAAACACCCUGGUUCAUUAGAACAUAAUGAUAGUAUUCAGAGGGCAGAACGGGCAACAUAAAAGAAGUUGUGUACCAAAGGGUAAGGAAUCGAAUCAAUAGCAUUAAUCUUCUAGGACGGUGGCAAGUGGCUUAGUUGGGGAGCUUCCACUCUGCUUCUUUAUUUCUUCACUUGCAGGCUUUUUGCCAAAAAAACAUCAGCAAAAUGUCAUAGUACACAAUAAAACAGUAAGAAAUUAAAGAUCACUCUGUCACAAGAUGAGGUACUAAGUUUUGUUCUAUAAUAUAGACCAACGUAGUGUUAGAUGGUUACUGAUCAUUGAUCAAACAGAUAGAGAGAGAUCGAUCUAACACAUCAUUUGUUGCUUUCUCUCUUGCUCUUAUCAUUUGUUUGAUACAAUGGUAGUUUAGAAGGUAGUGAAAGAGAUGGGGAAGACAAGCAAGUGGAUCAAGAACUUCUUGACAGGAAAGACAGACAAAGGAAAAGAAAAAGAUAAGAAGACAAGCAAUCAAUCCACAACCACAACAAUAAGUACUGAGAACCCAACAACUCCGAUAUCGAUCCCACCGACGACACCCAAAGAGAAAAGGAGAUGGAGUUUCCGGAGAUCAUCCGCCACGGCCACUGUUCAGAAGGACCCGAGCUCUGCAGACAUCAUUGCCACCGCACCACCGGCAGUGUUGGAACCAGAGAAUGAGCAUAAGAAACACGCAAUGGCGGUGGCUGCAGCCACCGCAGCAGCUGCUGAUGCAGCUGUGGCAGCAGCACAAGCGGCUGCAGCCGUGAUCCGGCUGACUGCCGUCCACAAUGGGAGAACUAGUGCAAUUGAAGAGGCGGCUGCCAUUAAGAUUCAGUCCGUCUUUCGGUCAUAUUUGGCAAGAAAAGCACUGUGUGCAUUGAGAGGGCUUGUGAAAUUGCAGGCAUUGGUAAGAGGUCACCUGGUGAGAAAACAGGCCACUACAACACUCCGGUGCAUGCAGGCAUUGGUGACGGUUCAGGCUAGAGCUCGGGCUCAGAGAAUCAAGAUGGUUGACGAGACAAACCCCAAUAAUCAGAGGCAAUUCAAUCAGAGAAAGAUCGCACUAGACAAUAGAUUCAGGCAAACAGAUUAUGAGAUGGAUAGAGGCAUGGAGGAGAACAUCAAGAUUGUGGAGAUGGAUCUAGGUGAAUCGAAAGGAAGCACAAAGAGCAGGAAUAGCGAUUCAAACAACCCCCAAGAAGAACGAGCAGAGCAUAGAUUUUCCACCCAUUAUCGCGAAUUCACGAAGCAAGACCAUCAGCAGAUCUCACCAGCUCCAUCAGCACUGACCGAGAUGAGCCCAAGAGCUUCUAGUGGGCAUUUUGAGGAGUAUUCAUUCGGCACAGCACAGAGCAGCCCCCAAUACCACUCUGCAGUGUCCAAACCCGAUCCAUCCAGAGUUCCUUUCGCUUUCCCCAGAGCAGAGUACUCUGAGUCCUUGUACAAUGAUUACCCAUUCUAUCCAAAUUACAUGGCUAAUACAGAGUCAUCAAAGGCAAAGUUGCGAUCACAUAGUGCACCAAAGCAGCGGCCAGAUUCAUUUGAAAGGCAACCAAGCAGGCGGAGACCAUCCAUAGAAGGAAGGAACGUUCCACGUGCUGUGAGGAUGCAGCGAUCAUCUUCACACGUUGGUUCCACUGCUCAGAAUUACCAGUAUCCAUGGUCAAUCAAGCUUGACCGGUCUUCAGUUUCUCUUAAAGACAGUGAGUGCGGAUCAACCAGUACAGUGCUCACCAAUAGCAACUACUGCAGAUCUCUAGUCGGAUUUGAUGUGAGUCGAAUUAACCAAAAAUUCGCAAUGAUUGAAUACAAAACACCAGUUUGAGUGAGCAAUAACAACAUUGGCUUGUAGUAGCUAUGUUUUCUCAGCAUCUGAUUCCAUUAUACCAUUUCCUUUUGUGAGUGCAGGCUUAUGGGAGUAGGUACUAAAAGUUCAUAACUCCCCAUCAUUGUGAUUGUGUGUGGCACAAAGUAGAAAUAAUUUCAGUGGCUAGACAACUGAUAAGAGCUUCGAAUGGGGUAUGAUUAAUGGCCGUGAACUGUUUCGAAGUAGAAGCUGUCUGUCAAAUAUCUCUGACAAUUUCUUUGUUCGUCAUUCCAAUGUCAUUUCAAGGGAGAAUUGUAUUUGAGCUCCCAGGUUGUAGUUUUCUUUUUGUGUUUGAUGUUUUCAAAUACUUGGCCGCUGAAGCUUUGAUGUGUUCUGAGGAACUGUAAGCAUCACAAGUUGUUUAUAGACAUUUAGUGAAUGUGAAAUUUUAAACCCAGGAACGUUAGCAUCCUUUAA